AUGCCCUGGGGACCUGGGCUGAUAAGCUUGUCUGGCAGCAGUGGUGAUGCACCUCUGGGACCCCUGGCUCUGGGCACUUGGCCUCAGGUGGAACAGGAGUCCGAGUUAUUGCUGUACCACCAGGCAGCGUGGGCUCUGCGUCCCUUCCCGCGAGACCUGACCAGGCCCCAAGCAGCGGACCUGCGAGUUGGCAGGAGGACCCCGGCUCGUGCGGGGCGGAAGUGGGCGGUGCGGGGCCGUGUGGAGCCGCACUGCGGGCGCGACCUCGCCGAGCUGGAGGCUGCAGGGGAGCGGGGCUCGGGCGGUCCCCGAGGUCCGGGGGAGCGGGCUUCAGGAGUGUCCGCGGCGGCGCCCGGGGAGCGGAGCGGCGAUGGUGCGCCUAGCCAGGCGGCUGCCGGGGCCUCGGCCAUGUUCGCCGGGCUGCAGGACCUGGGUGUGGCCAACGGCGAGGACCUGAAGGAGACCCUGACCAACUGCACCGAGCCGCUCAAGGCCAUCGAGCAAUUCCAGACGGAGAAUGGCGUGCUGCUGCCCUCCCUGCAGUCGGCUCUGCCCUUCUUGGACCUGCAUGGGACCCCACGCCUGGAGUUCCACCAGUCGGUGUUCGAUGAGCUGCGGGACAAGUUGCUGGAGCGAGUGUCGGCCAUUGCUUCGGAGGGGAAGGCAGAGGAGAGGUACAAGAAGCUGGAAGACUUGCUGGAGAAGAGCUUUUCCCUGGUCAAGAUGCCCUCCCUGCAACCAGUGGUGAUGUGCGUCAUGAAACAUCUGCCAAAGGUUCCUGAGAAGAAGCUGAAGCUGGUGAUGGCUGACAAGGAGCUGUAUCGCGCCUGUGCGGUGGAGGUGAAGCGGCAGAUCUGGCAGGACAACCAGGCGCUCUUUGGAGAUGAGGUUUCCCCCCUGCUGAAGCAGUACAUACUGGAGAAGGAGAACGCACUCUUCAGCACGGAGCUCUCGGUCCUGCACAACUUCUUCAGUCCUUCCCCCAAGACCAGGCGCCAGGGUGAGGUGGUGCAGAAACUGACGCAGAUGGUGGGAAAGAACGUGAAGCUGUAUGACAUGGUGCUGCAGUUCCUGCGCACGCUCUUCUUGCGGACCAGGAACGUGCACUACUGCACGCUGCGGGCAGAGCUGCUCAUGUCUCUGCAUGACCUCGACGUGGGCGACAUCUGCACCGUGGACCCCUGCCACAAGUUUACAUGGUGCCUGGACGCCUGCAUCCGAGAGCGGUUUGUGGACAGCAAGAGAGCCCGGGAGCUACAGGGAUUUCUUGAUGGAGUGAAGAAGGGGCAGGAGCAGGUCCUGGGGGACCUGUCCAUGAUCCUUUGUGACCCCUUCGCCAUUAACACACUGUCGCUGAGCACCAUCAGGCAUCUGCAGGAGCUGGUCAGUCAGGAGAUGCUGCCCAGGGACAGCCCUGACCUCCUGCUACUACUCAGGCUGCUGGCGCUGGGCCAGGGGGCGUGGGACCUGAUUGACAGCCAGGUCUUCAAGGAGCCGAAGAUGGAGGUGGAGCUCAUCACCAAGUUCCUGCCGAUGCUCAUGUCCUUCGUGGUGGAUGACUACACAUUCAAUGUGGACCAGAAGCUUCCAGCUGAGGAGAAAGCGCCCGUCAUGUACCCCAACACACUUCCUGAAAGCUUUACCAAGUUUCUGCAGGAACAGCGCAUGGCCUGCGAGGUAGGGCUGUACUACGUUCUGCACAUCACCAAACAGAGGAACAAGAACGCGCUGCUGCGCCUGCUCCCCGGGCUGGUGGAGACCUUCGGCGACCUGGCCUUCAGUGACAUCUUCCUCCACCUGCUCACCGGGAGCCUGGCCCUCCUGGCUGAUGAGUUUGCCCUGGAAGAUUUCUGCAGCAGCCUCUUUGAAGGCUUUUUCCUUACUGCCUCACCCAGGAAGGAGAACGUACAGCGGCAUGUGCUGCGGCUGCUGCUCCACCUGCAUGCCAGGGUGGCCCCAUCCAAGCUGGAGGCCCUGCAGAAGGCCCUGGAGCCCACGGGCCAGAGCGGAGAGGCUGUGAAGGAGCUCUACUCGCAGCUUGGGGAGAAGCUGGAGCAGCUGGACCACCGGAAGCCCAGCCCUGCGCCGGCCGCUGAGACACCUGCGCUGGAGCUGCCCCUCCCCAGCAUGCCUGCCCCGGCUGGGCUGUAGGCUCAGGCUCCGCAGGGCUGCUCCUCGGGGACACAGCCCCAGCCAGCCAAGAAGGAGGCUCCCGGGCCAGUCAGCAGGGCUGGCCAAGGGCCCGACCCUGUGGGCAGGCGCCCCUCCUCUAUGCCCUCUGCCCUCCCAGAGCUGGUCCUCACUUUCACUGCCCACCACAGCACCCAUUUGCCAAACUGAGGCCCAGCACUCUGCAAGUUUCACAGCCCUUGCAGAGAUGGGUGUGAGGGUUAGGGGGCUGGGAGAGCAGGGCUCCAGUGACCCCACACUUUGGGCACAGGCCCGAGGGUGGGCAUUUGCUGCCAGAGCAGGGACUGCUGGCUGCAGUUGUAGGAGGGGCCACAGGGUAGCAGCCUUGUGUGCACUGUUUCCAUACCUGUGGCCCCUCGGGCAGCACCCUGUCUGCAGUGCCCCACCUCCGUUUAGUCACUGACAGCUGCAUGUUCAGCUGCAGUUUGACCCUGGGUGGGGGCAGUGAAUGUGUGCAAGGAGGUCUCCAUGUAUGUAAAUAAAGACAUUUUGGUAAACUG